AUGUAUUCGUACGCGGACCAGCCUACGCCACCCUUCAACUCGCCCUACCAACAACACACAUCACGGACAGGCUCCCUACUUGAAUCGCCCUAUCCUUCACCGGGCCGACAGGAGUCGCGACCCAACUACACACACGGUCUUGGUCUAUAUGAAGUACAGUCAUUGCAAAACGGCCUGCCCCCAUCACCUCAACCAUCGGAAAGCUGGGGCGGUCACUAUUCGAACGGUACUUCCACAGAGCCUACUGCAGACCCAUAUCUCUCAGGAGCUUUCGAUCAUCCAGUCUCUCGUUCGCCAGUGCCUUGGAGUUCCGCUCAACCCUCACCUCCUACAUCUCCACCCCUAUACAGUUCGCGCGCCAUGUCUGCCGCCUAUUCGCAUGAUGGAUCGGAGUCUGCGGCUUACCCUGAUGUAAAGAUGGAGGCCCCGUCAUGGAACUCGACAGUUCAUAUUGGAUACGGUACAGAAGCGCCAGUCGCAAUGGGUGGCCCUUCUUCGUCGAGGCAGCCGCCACUUACUGUAGCUCCGGAGCGGCUCAGCUCGAACAUGUACCCGUACGAGACUGCAUACCCAUCGCCUGCCAUGCCCAGAUACGAGCCUGCGUCAGCGUACAAUUAUGACGACCAUACCUACGAAAGGGCACCGUCAGUGGCCAGCGGUAGCAGCCCACAAACCCGAACCACACGAACCACCCGAUCUACCAACACAAUGUCGUUGGCAAACCGCAGACGUGCCCGCAACCGCAGACACACUGAUCCUGCCCUUGCUGCAUUUCACUGCGAACUUUGCCCCGACAGAGGUUUUGCAAGGAGGUACAACCUUAACCAGCACAUGCUCACGCAUGACUCGUACCGCAAAAGGGCGAAUGUCUGCCCCCAUCCUGAGUGUGGGAAACAGUUCGUGCGCAAGACAGAUCUAGCCCGACACGACCAGAGCGUGCAUUCGGAUAUCAGACCACACAAGUGUUCCAAGUGCGCCUCUGCCUUUCCUCGCAAAGACACGCUCCAUAGACACGAAAUGGAUGGGUGCCCUCGCCGCAACGAGGUGUCGCCGGAAGACACAUGCUAUGGGCUUUCGAAACUCUGA